UUCCUCUCUGUUUUUUAUAGACUGGCGCGCGCUGUUCAAACGCGUUCAAAAUAGUGAGAAGAAACGCGGGCAGAAAGCACAGCGACCAAUGUUAUAGCGACAUUUAUUGCUUUUUGUAGCACGAAAGUUGGGGAGGAAGAUGAUACCCACUGCUACCAGGAAGAGGAAGCUCUCCUCGCUGGACUCUGACAGCCACCCAGCCAAGAACAGGGUGAGGAAGGAGUUGUCCCCCAUGAAGAGGACCUCCCCCAGGAAGCCCCCACAGUCUCCAACUAGGAAAAAGCCAGUUGGGCGCCCAAACAAGGGUAACCGUACCUCGCCACAGAACUCCCCCCGUAGAGCAGCAGGCUCUCCAGACAAAAUACCUCGAAAAUCUCCCUUCAAACCGUCAAUGGUUACAACGUCCUUCUAUGGCCUGAAGAAACCUGUCUAUCUCACUCCACUUGAGAGGAAGGCACUCAAGGACUCGCUGCCUCCUCCUCCUCCUCUUGUUCUGCCUUCCCCUCCUUCCCAGAAGAAGGCGCAUAAAAGGAAUAUUAAAGGAGACCUCAAGCAGAGAAAUGUGGCUAACGUAUCUAGUAAUGUGGGGAAGACUGGUCCCACAGGCAACGCAACCUCUCCAAAGACUAUCAAACUGUCCAAACCGAACAGCAGUGUCACUGCUACACCAGCGUCCAGUACAAUUGCUGCGUUGGCUAGUGGCAAUAAACCAGCAGAGUCCCGGAAAGGAACCCUCAAUACUUUCGGCAGCCUGAAGACCAAACCGAAGAUCUUUGUAGGAGCUGCUUUCUUCAGUACAGGGAAGAAACCAACAUCUAUGUACAAAAAAUCUGCACCAAAAUCUUCAACCAGGAAAGCUUCAGUCCCGAAAAGCAAACCUGUCCAACUGCAGACACAAAAGGGGAAUUCGAAGCCGCCGGCUCCAUCGAUAACACAACAAACUAAACCCUCUGAAAAGAUGGAUGUUCAGCCGGUCGAAACAGAAGAGAACCUGCUAAGGAACAAGCAGAGAGAAAAGUUUGAUCUGUUGGACUGGAUGGACCCAAUGGACGAACUGCCUGAAACCCCACAAACAUUCAGUUCUCCAAAAAGGCUGCCAGAGGAAUAUGGGAUUACCAAGGAGCUGACGAUUGUGUUGACAAGGACCCCGAAAGGAAGUCCUGCAUCCACGUGUGUGUCUCUCAGUACUCAGUGUGGUGGCUCUGGACUCUGUGAUCUGAGUAAGCAAAGUCCCAUCGGUUCGCCUGCCGGCCCACCCAAAGAGACUGGAGGGAUGUAUCCCAUCUUUGGCUCGGCCUCCAAGAGGUUACGGCAUGCAGCGCUUCGUCCGCCGGCGUCUUGCAGCAGCCCCCCAGGCCCGAUGACCCCCCUACAGACAACUUCUUCACUCAAAGAAAGACCUGUUCGCAGGAGGAAAGAGAAACAGGAUGAUGACCAGCUUAUUAUUGAUGCAGGACAGAAGCAGUUUGGAGCAGCAACUUGCAGCUCAUGUGGGAUGGUUUACAGCGCGGACAACCCAGAGGACCAUUUCCAACACACCCAGUUCCACCAGCGCUUCCUCGACUCCAUCAAAUUUGUGGGCUGGAAGAAGGAGCGAGUGGUGGCCGAGUUCUGGGAUGGAAAAAUCCUCCUCGUCAUGCCAGACGAUCCCAAAUACGCCAUCAAAAAGGCUGAGGACGUGCGCUGCGUAGCAGACAGUGAGUUGGGUUUCCAGCAGGUGACCCUGAGCAGACCCACGCAGGCCAAAACGUACCUCUUCAUCAACACAGAGCGCAUGGUGGUGGGCUGCCUCGUCGCUGAAUCCAUCCGCCAGGCUCACCGGGUCCUCGGGCAGCCGGACCAACCCAAAGACAUGACAAAGGACGACUUCAUGGAGCGACACCGCGCCUGGUGCUGCGACACCGUGCCGGAACAAGCCCUGUGUGGGAUCAGUCGCAUCUGGGUCUUCAGCCUGGCCAGGCGGCAGGGCAUCGCCACGCGCAUGCUGGACACAGUCAGGAGCACCUUCAUGUACGGCAGCCAUCUCACCAAAGAGGAAAUUGCUUUCUCUGACCCAACGCCUGAUGGCAAAUUGUUUGCCACCAAGUACUCAAACACACCAACCUUUCUCGUUUACAACUUUGUGGCAUGAAGUGACGAUGCAUUACUGUUUUAACAGACUGGUUAAAUUGUUUUUCAAAUGAGAGACAACUGUUCAGGUUUUUUUAACGUAGAUUCGGCGUCAGUUAUAGUUCUACUACAUUCUGUGUUUGGGUUUAAAGUGUCACGAGGCACCAGUUUUUUCAACUGUAUGAUUGACUGGUUUACCUGCACUGCUCUCUACUCGGGUGUUUAUGUUCAGCUUGAUGAGCUUGAAGCUGCAGCAGGUGGAAAUAUGUCCCUCUUUUUGUAAAGAUACCAAAGACUUCUUUUGGUUCAAAUGUUCAUUGUUGUUGGCUUAUCGACAGGAAAAUGUCGGAUGCCAUUCUACUUUGUAUAUACACGCUUAAUAAACACCUUGUUUCAUGGAAAUGAUUCAGACGCCAACUGUGU